ACAACAGACGCGGAGCAGCAGGUAGCCAGCGCUCGGGUCCCAGCGGAGUUUACGUGCAGCAGCCCGAGUGUUUUGAACUGUCCGGAGGCGAUAUUUUGGAUUGAUAAUUGCCCGGACGCGUAGCCGAGGACGUUAACAGAGUGUGUGUGUGUGUGUGUGUGUAGGCAUGUAACUUUAUUUUUUCUUCUUUUCGCCCAAGAUACGUUUACAAGUUUAAUAUGUAACGUCAACGUUACACGUAGUUUCGAUUUAACGUGAUAGCUCGCGUUAGCAGCGACUUCGGGACGCUGAGCUGAGCUGCCGUAAAGCUGGACAGUCACAUGCACAGCUCUGCUUAUCUUUCGGGGAGCUAAGCAAGACGUAUAUGCCCGAACGAGCCAUCUGCAAGUUUACGACACAAGAGUUUUGACGUGCACAAUGCCGUGCCGUUCGCCAUGGCGAGCGCCUUAGCGGCCAAACUGGGCUUUAACUCGCUGAUGAGAAAACAACCGAGGAGCUUCAGCGUCAGGAUUUGCACGGCGGAGUCAGACAUGGAGUUCAGCUGCGAGGUCAAGUGGAAAGGGAAAGACCUUUUCGACUUUGUGUGCCGGACUCUGGGAUUGAGGGAGACGUGGUUUUUCGGGCUCCGGUACGACGUCAAGGACACCGUUGCUUGGCUGAAAAUGGAAAAGAAGGUUCUGGAUCAGGAGGUGCCAAAGGAGGAACCGAUCACCCUUCACUUCCUGGCCAAGUUUUACCCUGAAAAUGCUGAGGAGGAGCUGGUGCAAGAUAUCACACAGCAUCUCUUCUUCCAACAGGUGAAGAGGAAGAUCCUGGAGGAGGAUAUUCACUGUCCACCCGAGGCCUCCGUGCUGCUGGCCUCCUACGCCGUCCAUGCCAAGUACGAAGACUACAACCCCGAUGUCCACAAGCCCGGCUUCUUGUCUGAAGAGGAGCUGCUUCCAGAGAGGGUGAUCAACUUGUACCAGAUGACUGCGGAAAUGUGGGAGGAGAGGAUCACGGCGUGUUACGCAGAGCACAGGGGGAGGACGAGGGAUGAAGCCGAGAUGGAGUAUUUAAAAAUAGCUCAGGACCUGGACAUGUACGGCGUCAAUUACUUUUUCAUCAGGAAUAAAAAGGGAACGGACCUUCUCCUGGGAGUGGACGCCCUGGGUCUGCACAUCUACGAGCCGGACAACAGGCUGACGCCCAAGUGCUCCUUCCCGUGGAAUGAGAUCCGCAACAUCUCCUACAGCGACAAGGAGUUCACCAUCAAACCUCUGGACAAGAAAACCAACGUUUUCAAGUUCAACUCCUCGCGGCUGAGAGUCAACAAGUUGAUCCUCCAGUUGUGUAUCGGGAACCACGACCUGUUCAUCCGCCGCCGGCGGGUGGAUUCGCUCGAAGUCCAGCAGAUGAGGUCUCAGGCCAGAGAGGAGAGGGCCAGAAAACAGGUGGAGAGGCAGCAUCUGCAACGGGAGAAGCAGCUGCGGGAGGAGGCAGAGAGAGCCAGGGACGAGCUGAAGAGGAGGCUGAUUCAGCUGCAGGACGAGUCUCACAUGGCCAACGACGCACUGCUGCGCUCGGAGCAGACGGCCGACCUGCUGGCUGAGAAGGCCCAGAUCGCGGAGGAGGAGGCGAAGCUGCUGGCGCAGAAAGCUGCCGAGGCCGAGGCCGAGAUGCAGCGCAUCAAAGCGACCGCCAUCCGUGGCCAGGAGGAGCGGAGGCUCAUGGAGCAGAAGAUGCUGGAGGCAGAGAUGCUGGCCCUCAAGAUGGCCGAGGAAUCGGAAAGGAGGGCCAUGGAGGCCGAGCAGCUGAAACAGGACCUGCAGGAAGCCAAGGAGUCGGAGCGCCGGGCAAAGCACAAGCUGCUGGAGAUUACCAGCAGGACCGUCUACGCGGCUCCUGGACUGCAAUCUGACAGCAUACCUCCCGAGCUGAGCUUCAGCAGGGAGAACCUCAGCUUUGACUUUAAAGACACCGACAUGAAACGCCUCUCCAUGGAGAUCGAGAAGGAGAAGGUGGAGUACAUGGAGAAGAGCAAGCACCUGCAGCAGCAGCUGAAUGAGCUGAAGACGGAGAUCGAAAGUCUGAAGAUGAAAGAGCGAGAGACUCCUCUGGACAUCAUUCACAACCAGAACGCCGAGCAGGGGACCAGCAAGCACAGCAACUUUAAAAAGCUGACACUCCAGAGCACCAAGUCCAGGGUGGCCUUCUUUGAGGAACUUUAAGCGACGCGCCUU